AAUUCGGUACAACUACAGGCGGAUCCGGUAUCGGUGUACGCACAUCCGACCCAAGAACGUCGCUUCAUUAUACCGUCCAUCGACUACUUGUGUUGUUGUUGUCGAUCGUGGUGAAUUCUGCCAACGAAUAAGACAUCGGGAUUUGUCGAACCGAUCGGUGUGCGUUUAGCGGCUAACAAGAAGUGGACCGUGGACGCUGAAUACAUUAAUUUUAUUUGAUAUUAUUGACUAAGCGACGAUGCGGUGGAGCGCAGCGCGGUUGCUGAGCGCCCUUCCGGUCGGCUUACUGCUGCAGCUGCUGCCCACCUGGCUGCUGCUCCUCUCCAACGCCGUCACCGCCCAGUCGCAGCAGCUGCAGUGCGGCUCGCCCAAAUCCUUCGACGUCAUCGCGCUUUGGCAGCAGUUUAAUCGCUCGCGGAAGAAGCGCAUGUUGCCGGGUCAGCGUCCGGAUCUGAGCGAGAAGGUGAUCCGUCGCCAGCAGGACAUCAUCCAGCCGUGGAGCGUCGACCUGACCAAGAGUCACAACGUCGAGGAGGUGCACAACAAGAUCGUAGGCGGCUGGGACAUCCACGACAAGACCGGCGGCCAGAUCUGCUGGCAGGUGGGCAUCAUCAUCGGGACGGCGGACGGGUACUUUAACUGCGGCGGCAGCAUCAUCGGCUCGCACACCAUCCUGACCGCCGCCCACUGCGUCUUCAGCCGGCGCGGCGCCGUCCGCCCGCCCACCGACUUCACCGUCGUCGUCGGCGCCCUCGACGGCGGAUUCGACGGCAGCAACGCCAAGGAGGGCGCUGCCAACUGCGGGAGGUCCUUUAACGUCUCAAAGGUUCAACCGCAUCCCAACUACACGCCCAUGAGCAGCGGCAACAACGACCUGGCCCUCUUAACGCUCAUCGGCGACAUCGACCUAUCCGGGACGUGCGCCUGCGCCAUCUGUCUGACGGACAAGAGCCCGGCGGUGGGCGAGUGGACGGCCGUCAGCGGCUAUGGCGACGUGUCCGAGGGCGGCGCCGACGACCCCAACCCCAUCCCGCUGCGCUUCGUCUACCUGCAGAUCCUGGACAACAACCGGCGCCUGUGCAGCUUCAACACCGGCACGGACGCCGACCUAUUCCUGUGCGCCGGGGAUGUGGUCGGCCAGGAUUCGUGUCAGGGUGAUAGCGGUGGGCCGCUGUUCGCAUGGGACACGGGGAACAAGGUGUACUACUUAGCCGGCAUCGUCUCCUUCGGGGAGGGAUGCGCGCGCGGCACCGGCGGUCAGUACACCAAGGUGCAAAAGUACCUGCCCUGGAUCCGGCAGAACGGUCAGUCCACCGGACUCAGUAUCGUCUGAAAAGGGAAACAUAUGCAGCCCAGUCCACUAAUCGAUCGGAUGGUUUAUUCAGUCAACUCGUAUACCCGCCGGGCAUUUGUUUUCACACACGUUCCCUACGUGCUAUGUAUGCCAUCCAAGGUGAUAAUAAUUAUGUAUGCCAGCUAUGUAUGCCAGCCGGCUGGUUUUUAUUUUAUACGAAUUUUUUACUGCAACGUUUUGUAUGCUCACACGGGGAAUGCAAUUUUUCUUAACUGGAUGAUCAAUUGCUGUGAUAAAACAAAAUGCUGGC